AUGAGUCCAAAGGAGGAAAUCUUGUUGCUUGACGACAGUGAAAACAUCCUGAAUAGCCGGGCAUCGAUUCAAAAUCAGCAACUGGUUUAUGUCGACCUCAAGGAUCAUAUCAAGCACACCAUACCUGGCCCAUUAAACAUACCCUUUGUGGGAUCCUUAUAUGAAAUGCUUCCCAAUAUUACAGAAUCAUGGGUAAGACAAUUCGAGAAAUAUGGUCCCCUUGUGUCGGUCUCAAUACUUGGAACCGAAAUGAUAAACACAAACAAUGUCGAUAUCGCAGAGAUAUUCUCAAAAGAGUCAGAGUACUUUACAAAGAGAAUAAAAGGCUCAGUGUUGAGUGAAGCCAAGAGAGUCGGUCUCCAGGGUCUCUUUACGACUGACACAGAUGAAACCGACUGGAGAUUGGCACACCAGCUUCUCAUGCCUGCUUUCAGCUCUCGGGCUAUCAAAGCGUAUCAGAUAGAAAUGGGUAGACUUGUCCAACAAACUAUACGCAUCAUUGAACAAAUUCCACAAGAUGGUCCAGUAGACAUCAUUGACUUAUCUACCAAAUUAACUUUUGAAACCAUUGGUCGGAUCGGAUUUGGAUACAAAUUUGGCUUGAUUGAUUCCCUCAAUUCACCUUCCCACCCUUUUAUUGGUGCCAUGAGUUACUGUUUGCAACAGGCUGUCGUCAGGACACAGCAAGCUAGGUUCGUUCGUUCUUUACCCACCGAAGCCAACCGGACCUUUGACCGGUCGCUCAAAUUGAUGCACGACAUUGUAGACAAAGUUAUCCAGGAUCGUAAACGGGUCCCCAAAAGUGACACAGACAACAGCGAGAGUGAUAGUGAUAGUGAUAGUAAUAAUAAUAAGGACCUUCUUGACUUUAUGCUGUAUGCACGAGACGAAAAUAACUUGGGAUUAUCAGACGAAAACAUGCGUGAUCAAGUGGUUACUUUUCUCAUUGCCGGACACGACACAACCGCCAAUACUGUUGCUUGGGCCUUGUAUGAGAUAUCGCGCAGUCCAGAAGUCGAGGCAAAGAUUGUUCAAGAAAUAGUGAAUGCUGGCAUUACGGCUGAAGAAUUGCCGACAAGUGAACAAAUCAGUGACCUGAAAUACAUCACACAAGUGAUUAAAGAAACCCUUCGACGAUAUCCCCCCAUUAGAAUAAUAUCCCGAAUCUGCAAAAAGAACUGCGUUAUUCCGGGCGGCUAUCUAAUCAAAAAGGGCAGUUCAGUAGGCGUUCAUCUUUACUCUCUCCACCACAACCCUGAGAUUUACCCCAAUCCUUAUCGAUGGAAUCCUGAUCGAUGGACACCCGAAGAAGAACAAAAACGAUCUAGAUACUCAUGGAUGCCAUUCAGUACCGGACCUCGCGCUUGCAUUGGCAUGGCAUUUUCUCUUCAAGAAAUGAAAACGAGCUUGGCUAUGCUCUUACAGAAGUACCGCUUUAUUUAUGACGGCCCACCUAUCCAAUUUGAUCCUAAAAUGGCUACCACAAAACCUUACAGCUUUAUGAUGACAGUCAAACCUCGUACUAGCUUUCCACAGUCCAAUGUUUCUCUAAAAAAUACU